GUUAGCAAACAUGCACAUAUGUAGAUAGCAUGCAUAUAUGCACAUGUAUAAAUCAUUGCUAAAAAGUGCCAGAUUUUUAUUAAAUUUAACUUCACUUGUAGUUCCGGUUCCAACCAGUAUGCGAAGAGAUGUCGGUACAUAUAUAAAUACAUAUGUACAUUUUAAAUUUCACGCGAGAUGGUGCUUCAUACAGUUGCGAAUUCCAUUUAUUUUGGUGGAAAGUGGUUAUGAUACUUGUGAGAAGCAAGCGUUAGAAACUCUUACAGAAAUGUUACAGUCUUUUAUAGUAGAAGUUGGUGAAUCAGCAAGAAAUUACUGUGAACUUUCUGGUAGAACAGAGCCACUGAUCGCAGAUGUUAUAGUGGCUUUAAUAAAUAUGGGUAUAAAAUUAGACAACUUAGAAAGUUAUGGUAAAAGAGCGAACAGGACAGUAUUACCACCGCUUCAGCAACAAACUCAGUCGAAACAAUUGAAUAUUUUGCAAGCUGGUGUAAAACAAGGUCAUCCGGCCCAUAUACCGAGUCAUUUGCCACCUUUCCCGGAUCCGCAUGCUUACAUCAGAACACCGACACAUAAACAACCAGUAACAGAAUACGAGGCGAUAAGAGAAAAAGCAGCCACUCAAAAACGUGAUAUUGAAAGGGCUUUAACAAGGUUUAUUGCAAAAACAGGAGAAACGCAUAGUCUAUUUUUAGCAGAGGAUAAUAGUAUGUUUCCGCUAAUAUCGUGUAAACCGCAAUUUCCUAGUUACCUUUCGGCGCUCCUUCCACAAGAUCAAAUAUUUGAAACUGAUCAAGAUUUUCACUUUGAACCGAGUCCGGUUAAAAAGAAAAAAGAACAAGAGAUCGAAGAGACGGAGGAAGGUAUGAAAGGACAAAACGAAGACGGCGAACAAAACGGCGAAACUACAACCCAACAGGAUGCUAUAGACAAUCCUUAUUUGAGACCUGGGAAAAUACCAAAAAAUAAAAUACCAGGAGUUACAAUUCCUAGCUUACAUCCGAUAAAAAGGGAUUCUCUUGAGUAAUAAUUUUAUUAAUCCUUAGAUCACUUUUUCUUACUGCAGCAUUCCAUUUAUUACUGAUACCAUGGUUGACGUCGCACCCAUCGUAACUUCAUACCAGACGCG